AUGCUUCUAGAGAAUCCAAGGGAUUUUACAAGGAUCUAGGGUUCACUUGUGCUGAUACCAACUUUCAUAAAUGGAAGAGGGAUUGUAUUCAUUGAUGAAAUUGGGCAUUAGCAGCAAAGGAGAACCCCAGUUGAACUGCCAGCAAAAUUGCACUCACAUCAACAAGAAAAGCCUAAAGAAAUGAUAAUUCAUAGGAAUACAGUAGCUGUUUUGAAAAGCACGGAUAAUUAAUAACAAUAGUAAGCUUCUAUUGAUAUGAUUGAUAAUGUUUCAAUUGCUGAAACUUCAAUGUCAGUCAUCACAAUAACUGGCCAAGGCAUGUUAAAAGUCAUACAACGAAAGGUACACCUAAAGAAUCAGUCUGUUUUGUUGCUUGUCGAAGUGCUGAGUGUGAAAUAUGUCCUCUAGGUAAGUAUUUUAUUAAAACUGCCCACCUAGUAAAAUUAUGCCAAUGACUAGCUAGUCACCUAGUUAAACUAUACAUAUCUUAACUUAUUGUCACCCAAGCAGAUGCUAAGCAUGGUAAACAUAAAGUAUUAACAUGCUUAAUGUCUAUAGAAGAGAACUGAUCUCUUUGUCAAGUGUGUGAGUCCAUAGGUGUGUAAGUUGUGUGAUAGGUAUUUACCGCCUUCUGAAAGUAAAACACCAACUAAUAAUAGCAAUAGUAACAACAUCAACAGUAAUAAUAACAACAACCCAUUAACUAAAGCUAAUGUACAACGAUUCACUCUAGGCAAGAGAUAAGCUUCAGAAACAGAGAGCGAGUAUAUAAAUGACUAUAUUUAAAGCUACCUUGAAUAGAAUGCCGAUGCUUACAUUUAUAUGCAGGAUGAAAUAAGUCCUCAACAUUAAUAACAAGAGUUUGAUAUUCCAAGUGCUCAAUUUUCUAAGAGACAGAAGGUGUAAGAUAGUUCUCUUAUGAAUGUAACCCUUGGUGCCUUUAUCAUAUGA